AUUCUCCUGAUAUUCAGAUCUGUUGUGAAAACGGAGGAGUCCAUAGACUAAUUAUAUCAGAAGCCUUUGAGGACGACACAGGGCGCUAUUGUUGUCUUGCCUCAAACUCAGUUGGAUCUGACUCUACAUCUGCAGAAGUAUUUGUUGAAGGUGCCAGUUCCUCUGAUUCUGACAGUGAAAUUUUCAAAUCAAACUCUGGAGCCAUGCCACAGGCCCAGAAGAAAAGUACUUCUGUUUCUUUAACAAUAGGAUCGUCUGCUCCAAAGGCUGGGAUCACUACAGCAGUAAUCCAACCUAUCUCAGUGCCUAAUCAGCAAGUCCAAAGUCCUACUUCAUACCUCUACAGAUUAGAUGGAUCUAAACCCAGUCAUGCUGUGCCUAUUUUUACAAAGGAGCUGCAAAAUGUGACAGCAACUGAAGGACAAGUAGUUGUGUUUGAGUGCAGAGUGAAGGGACCACCUCCCUUGCAAGUCAGUUGGUUUCGGCAAGGCACUGAAAUUCAGGAUUCCCCAGACUUCAGAGUUCUUCAAAAAAAGCCUCGAUCUGCAGCUGAACCUGAGGAGAUAUGUACUCUGGUAAUUGCAGAGACCUUUCCUGAAGAUGCAGGAACCUUCACAUGUACAGCAAGAAAUGAUUAUGGAUCAGUGACAAGCAGUGCAAAACUGAUUGUGCUAUCAGCUGGUUCUGAAAGCUCCAUGCAUGACUUGUCAAUGAGGGAACAGAACAAUGAUGACUUCCACCAUUUCCCACCUCCACCUUCGAGUCUUGAGAUUAGUGCUGUUGAGCUUCCUCCAAAGAAGCACUCUGAGAGCCAUCAGAUGAACAACACUGAACGGAGACCGAGCAUAUCAGCCCUUCAACUGCAGCUCAACUCCACUGACAAGAAAACCAAUGGUGUCCAUCCCAGUCAUGGAGUUAAUGGGGUGUUUAAUGGCAAUGCCAAAACUGAUAUACCUGCUCCUCAUCCAAGUGGCCUUCUUUCACCCACAAAAACACCACCACCUGUGCUUGCCAAGCCAAAACUGGACCCUUUAAGACUUCAGCAGCUGCAGAACCAAAUCCGCCUGGAAAAAGAAGCGAGUCAGUGUUCUCAUCAGCAGCAACUUGGUGUCUACCAGAGCCUGCCCUCAUCGCCAUCUUUCCCCCCUCCACCUUCAUUCCAAGAACUUGAAUCCAGCCACUCCAUUGUUCCUCCUGUGCAAAUGAGCGUUCUCAACUCUCAUUCUGCUCCCACUAUGCAGUCCUCCAGCUCCUUCAACUAUGCCCGUCCUAAGCAGUUCAUUGCCGCCCAGAACAUCAGCCCUGCUUCAAGCUACAUGACUCCUUCAUCUGGAUCUUCCACCUCCAGCCUCCCAUCCCCAAUGUCUCCCACUGCUUCCCAGAAACAAUUCGGCAGAACAUCUGUCCCCCCUUUCUCUCAGCCUUUUGCUCCUGAAGGGGAAUACUCCUGGUCUCCUUCUUCCCCUUCACCACCACCGCCACCUCCCCCUGUUUUUAGUCCAACGUCCACCUUUUCAGUGGCUGAUUCCUUCCCACUGCCACCACCUCCUCCACCUCCUCUCCCAACCUCUGUCCCAUCACCCUCCCGCAGUCUAUCUCCCACGUCUCGAUUUUCCAACUCCACCCAAUCCCCAGCAGCCUUCCUUAGUUCCAUGCUACCAUCUCAGCCUUCUCCUGUUGCUGUCAAUGCACUUGGACUUCCGAAGGGUGUCACGCCUCCAGGAUUUCCAAAGAAAACAGGUAGAACAGCUAGGAUUGCAUCUGAUGAAGAAAUUCAGGGCACAAAAGAUGCAGUUAUCCAGGAUCUGGAAAGAAAGCUUCGCUUCAAGGAAGACCUGUUGAACAAUGGUCAACCAAAGUUAACCUACGAGGAGAAGAUGGCUCGUCGACUGCUAGGGGCUGACAGUGCUGCAACCGUCUUCAGCAUCCAGGAGCCAGAAGAAGACGUGGCACUCCAGGAAUACAAAGUCUCCAGCUUUGAGCAGAGGUUGAUCAGUGAGAUCGAAUUUCGGCUGGAGAGGACUCCUGUAGAAGAGUCAGAUGAUGAGGUGGAGCAUGGAGAAGAGCCCCUGGAUAAUAGUGUGGCACCAUAUUUUGAGAUAAAGCUGAAACAUUACAAAAUAUUUGAAGGAAUGCCAGUCACGUUUACUUGCAGAGUUUCUGGAAAUCCAAAGCCAAAGAUCUAUUGGUUCAAAGACGGGAAGCAAAUCUCUAAAAGGAGUGAGCACUACAAGAUGCAGAGAGAACUUGAUGGGACCUGCUCUCUCCACACCACAGCCUCCACCCUGGAUGAUGAUGGGAAUUAUACUAUCAUGGCUGCCAACCCACAGGGCAGGGUAAGCUGUACAGGAAGGCUGAUGGUCCAAGCUGUCAACCAGAGAGGACGCAGUCCCCGGACACCACCUAACCAGUCUCAUGUCAGAAGACCUCGAUCUCGCUCAAGGGACAGCGGAGAUGAAAAUGAACCAAUCCAAGAACGCUUCUUCCGACCUCAUUUCCUGCAGGCUCCAGGAGACUUGAUAGUUCAAGAGGGAAAACUUUGCAGAAUGGACUGCAAGGUCAGUGGCUUACCAACUCCAGAUAUAAGCUGGCAAGUCAAUGGAAGAGUAAUACGUUCUGAUAGUUCCCACAAAAUGCUGGUUCGUGAAAAUGGUGUGCACUCUUUGAUAAUCGAGCCUGUCACAGCAAGGGAUGCUGGCAUCUACACGUGUGUCGCCACCAAUCGAGCUGGUCAGAACACAUUUAGCUUGGAACUUAUUGUUGCAGCGAAGGAAGCACACAAGCCACCUGUAUUUGUAGAGAAGCUACAAAACACCGGCGUAGCUGAGGGGUAUCCUGUGCGACUGGAAUGCCGAGUUUCAGGUGUGCCAUACCCUCAGAUUUUCUGGAAGAAAGAGAAUGAGUCUCUAACGUACGACACUGACAGACUAAGCAUGCAUCAGGAUAACUACGGUUACAUUUGCCUGCUUGUUCAGGGAGCUACAAAAGAAGAUGCUGGUUGGUACACUGUGUCAGCUAAGAACGAGGCUGGGAUUGUGUCCUGCACAGCAAGGCUGGAUGUCUAUGCUCAGUGGCAACAACAGUCCCAGAACACCAAGCCAAAGAAGGUGCGUCCCUCAGCUAGUCGAUAUGCCGCACUUUCUGACCAAGGACUAGACAUCAAAGCAGCGUUUCAGCCAGAAGCAAACCCAGUUCAUCUGACACUGCAGUCUGGACUGGUAGAAAGCGACGAUCUGUAAACCUUAGCUGUCGGGUCUACCAAUUUCUUUCAAAGUGAAACACUGAAAGCCAUUGUCUUGACCAAUGAUAAUUUAUGCCACUUUAUGCGAAAGGUAGACACCUUUAAGUGCAAAGGAUAAAGAACACAACACCAUGGCCACAUCUUUCUUGAUCAUUGUACCAAAUUGGAGUAGGUAGCAAUCAUGAAAUAGAUGUGUACACUCCACACACACAGAUGCGCACAUAUACCACCUUCACAGUCAUUUUUGUUACUAUGUGGGAAGUACUAUUUUGAACAAUUCUAUUCACAAAUGCUGAACUUAAUGAGAUUUUUCAAAAUUGCAUAUACUGCAGACCUUAUCACCAAGUGCCUUUUAUGAGUUAUAGGUGCUAUAAACACAUAAUGCUCUUUGGGCCACAACACAACUGCAAAUGUAUCAGCGAUGUAUUCUGAUGUGCAAUAUGGAAGGGAUAAAACAAGACAUGGGGAGGAAGAUAGAGUGAAAUUAAAUUCUAGUAUCUGCAAACGGCUUUCUGUCUCAAAUUAGAAAGAAACUUGCCUUAAAUGUACUUAGUAUGGGCAAGGAAGCUUCACACCAGAUAGCUUAAUGUGACUUUAGCCAACAGACUAACUGGUUAAGUUAUAAAUGUACUGCCAGGCUAAUUCAGUAAUAAAACACAGACCUUAUGAUGGAAUUGUUUUACAGUGUUACAUUUGUUAAAGUGGAAUAGGGCAACAGGCCAGACUUUUCUCAGAAGAUGAAAACGUUGUUGUUCAUGUCUCUGAAAUUCCAUGGUUAUCUGAAUGCUAGGAUUUUUUUUUAUGCUAGACAUUUGAUUGACAGAUUGUCUUUAUGACAGAGGAGAGGAUAAUUAGGAGUAGAAGAGUAAGUGUGGGAAAGGAAUGAGUUUGCAAUAAGAGUUUAUACGAUAAGCACACACCACAGAGAAUAAUUAGAGAUGGGAAAAUGGAAUGAAGAAUGAUGGUAAGUAAAAUGGUGUUACAUUUUAAACACUGCAUGCAUGAUGUACUAGAAAUUACACUUUUGUGUUCUUAUCUAGUGCAGUAAGACACAGCAACCCUGCCUAUGGCUCAAAUCUUGUAAAGAAGGCAAAAAUUGUUGAAAUUCCAGACUGUAGACUAUGUCAUCUAACUGGACUAUUGCAUUGAAUAAUUUGGAUUCAAAAACAACUAAAUUUAGUUGGGAGGAAGUAGAAGAACAAUUGGGUCUGGUGUGGGGGGGAAGGUUUUGAUGGUACAAGAGUACUUUACUAUAAAAGGAAAACACUGUAUUCCUUUAUAUGAAGCACGGUUAUAGUACUUUAUUUAUAAUAAAAUGUUGAAAUCUUUAUCUCAGCUCAGUUACUCAAGCGCAGUACUUUUUUUAAAAAAAAGUUUUGUAUUAUGUACCACAUCAUAUAUUUUGCGUUACUGCUAUACAUGUAUUGCUUUGCACCGUGUUGUACACAAGUACACAAACCAGGUUUUUAGCAGCUAGCAAGUUUAACACAAAAGGUAGUUCUUCUAUACAAACUGAUGCAAGUGGUUAUGACCGCACCUACGGGCAUUUCUUCAAUGUCUGUACUGUCAUAAACCGUCUGUCAUAUGAUCCAUUCUGCUGUCACCUCCUAACCAAGCUUAAUGAAUUUCUUCUCAAAUGCUCCUUGCUAAUCUACUAUUUGUUUAGCUUCACUAGUAGCAUUUUGCUUCUUUUUAUUUGUAUUUAUAUAAAAUAUACAAUCAUUAUUACUUUGGAUUGUUGUGCUGAUAUCAUGUGGGUUUAACAUCAAUAAAUAUU